UCUAGACGGCCGGUCCUUCUCGGACUAUGACUUUAUCCCAUAUGGAUAGAGUCAUGAAGCAAAGCUCUACCACACGAUGUUGAUCGAAGGGUGAUUGUAUCGUCGCGACGAAAGAAAAGAUCGCAUUCAACGUACGGGUAUCGGUGGGGGACGGCGGGAGCUGUGACUUCACUUCAGAACAACACACGUCGAAAUGCUACGACUCGCACGCGAGCUCAAGCAUCAGAGCAUCUCAAAACGAGAUGACUCGUCUGAAGAAGAUGAACUUCGGAGUGAACGACGUCGCAGCGCUCGGCUCAAUCCCAAGCAAGAUCAGGAAGCCAUUCGAGAUUCGGGGACGGAAUCCGAUGAAGAUGAGCUGGAAGAAAUUGCGCAGAAAUCGCUUACAGCGAAAAAUAUGGAAGCAUUUCUUUCGGGAAGUCCACCAGCGCUCUCGAGCUCUCCACCAACAGUCAGUGACAUCGAUACUGAAAGCUGGGACAGUUUUGGCCACGAAUCUGGCAUAUUAACCGGUGAUGGUGACUCAGCUACAGACGACGAUGAGUGUUCGACACCGAGGCCGCGUCGUCGCAUGCGUGGUGGCGCUUUCAACAACGUGAAAAUCCCAAAAGAGCAGUGCGAGUUCCCAUUCAUCAACGUGUGUGGAACCGCGGAAAAGCGUCGUUAUAGCAUGACAGAGAAGUCCGACUCUGGUCCAAUUGCUAGCCGUCUGCGAAGUAAUAAUGACUCUCCAAGAGAGAUUAUUGUAGCUGCGCGUCGCGCACCUGUCCGACUGCUGAUCAACAAACCAUAUUCGAGCGGAGCUGGAAGCACUGCAUCGGUGGAAGACGCUGCAUGUGGCAGCAGUGAAAUUCCAUGCCCAGCUCCAAAAAGAAAUCGCUGCAACAGCUGGCGACCAUGUCUCGACCUUGAAAAGAUGAUUAAGAAUCGCAUCUCGAGUGAAUCGCCACGCAGUGCCACUAACAAGAAAGAUGUAAAUCACUCAGGACUACAUAACUAAUUCCGCCUAAACCCGAUUCAAAGAGAACUACCUGAUUCCACUGUGCUCGAUCCUUAAUAUUCAGGAAGUGUCGCGCUGUCAACAUCGACCAUUCGAUUUCUCGACGCUGGCUUGCUCAAUUGCCGCACGUUCCCUUGCAUUUCCAAUUCCUACAUCCUCCUCUCAUGAGACAAUUCUAUCCCGAAUCUCUUUCGGCCAUCAACUCACAUAAGUUCUGGAACGUUGCGCCCACUCUGGCUUCGUCCUCACCCGCUACUCACCAUAUAUAACGCUUUGCGAGGUCAGAGUGCACUGAAAAUCCCUCUGGUCGGGAUGUCGAUUGAUCGUAAACGACUACGGAAGACACCAACAGCUUACCUCUUUGUUUUCCCUCCCAUUUAUUAUUUUUUGUCUUGCACCAACCAUGUAUUGCUCUCCAGUUAUGAAUUGUUGCCACUUAAUCGCUAAUGUUCCACUUUUUAUGUGGAAGCAGAAAACAGAGAAGAACGAUUCGCAGGCGAGCUGGUGCUCUUUGUUUUCUUUGUGCUGUAUCGAGAAAAAGAACCAAAACGUUCAAAAACAUGAUCUUUGCUUAUAUUUGUAUGGUUAUUUGUUUAUUAGAGAGGUCUCUUAGAUUUGUGAAAGCCUCUGCCUCUCGUUUUGUUUGUGUUGUGGAAUGAAAUAGUUUACAUUGCGGUCGAA